GUCAACAACUGUGCCGACAUUGUUGAUGGCAGUCAGUAUUCAUCACCUUCCUCUGUCAUCGUCACCACCAACAUCAUCAUCAUUCUUCUCGGGCCAAGCAUGUGGCCAUUCUUGUUUACACGUUCGGAAAUGGAAGACGAGGGUCUUCCGCCUUGGGUUACCAUGGCAGAGUCAUUUCGGCGCGAGUUGGAGACGGAGGAGGGAGUGGAGGACAUGAUCAACUUGAGUGACCUGAACGAACAUAUUAUUCUGCAUAACCUGAGAACUCGUUAUGGACGGGACCACAUCUAUACAUACGUGGGCAGCAUCCUGGUGGCGGUCAACCCGUACAGAACUUUCAACAUCUAUGGUCUGGACAUGGUCAAGCUGUACGACUCCCAGCAGCUUGGAAACCUGCCACCGCAUCUGUUUGCUAUUAGCAGCGCCUCCUACAGCAAGAUGGUCAAGGAGAAAGAAAAUCAAGUUCUUGUUAUAAGUGGUGAGAGUGGUGCCGGCAAGACAGAGAGUACCAAGCUGAUCAUGCAGUACUUGGCUGCCGUCAACAAAUCGAACAAUAACCUCAUCACAGAGCAGAUCCUGGAAGCUAACCCUCUCCUGGAGUCUUUUGGCAAUGCCAAGACCAUCCGCAAUGACAACUCCAGUCGCUUUGGGAAAUACAUUGAGGUCUUUUUCAAAAAUGGAGGCAUUGUUGGAGCAAAGACAUCAGAAUACCUCUUGGAAAAAUCCAGAAUUGUGACACAGGCUCCAGAAGAGCGGAACUACCACAUCUUCUACGAAAUGCUUGAAGCUCUCACAGAUGAUCAGAAAUCACAGUUGGGUCUACAGACAGCACCUAAGUAUUUCUAUCUGAACCAGGGAGGAAGCUGUGUAAUUCCUGGGAGAGAUGAUGCAGAAAACUUUCGCAAAGUUUUGGCAGCAAUGGAAAUUAUGGACUUCACUAGGGAGGAACAAGAUACAGUCAAAAAGAUUCUUGCUUCAGUCUUACAUAUUGGAAAUGUUUACUUCAAGAAUGUGCAGGAGGAUAACCAUGAGACAGCUAUCCUCGGAUCAGAGGCAGAGAUCAAGUGGGUGUCUCAUCUUUUGAUGCUUUCUGAUGAAUGGUUAAAGCAGGCUUUGACCAGCAAGGUUACGGAGGCACGUGGAGAAAGAGUUGUCUCCCCUUACAAUUUGGACCAAGCACUGGAUGCUAGGGAUGCCAUUGCAAAAGCCUUGUACAGCAGACUGUUUACUUGGCUUGUGGAGAGGGUGAACCUCAUUGUGUGUCGGGCUGAACGCGAGAAAACUACUUCACUGGCUGUGCUGGAUAUUUUUGGCUUUGAGGACUUCCAUCACAAUAGCUUUGAGCAGCUUUGCAUCAACUAUGCAAAUGAGACGCUUCAGUACUUCUUCAAUCAGCACAUUUUCCAGCUGGAGCAGAAAGAAUACAUAAAGGAGAAGAUUAAAUGGCAGCACAUCCAGUUUAAGGACAACCAGCCAGUCAUUGACCUCAUUGCUACCAAACCUACAGGGAUCCUGCAUAUUCUGGAUGAUGAAUGCAACUUUCCACAGUCUAGGGAUCAAUCCUUCCUGGAAAAGUGUCUUCAUCACAGCACUAAUCUGCUAUAUGACAAGCCACGUAUGUCUGAUCCAGAGUUCUACAUUAUCCAUUAUGCUGGCAGAAUCAAAUACAAUGUGCUGCAUUUCCUGGAAAAAAACAAAGAUACUCUUCGCAGUGAUGUUGUGGAACUCAUGUGUGAGAGCAAAAAUAAGCUUAUUGCCCAGAUGUUUGCUGACCUUCGGGACAGACAGAUUACCAAAACUCUUAGCAAGACAACUGGACGCUAUGUUACCAUGAAGCCUCGCACACCUACUGUGGCUGCUAGUUUUAAUGAGUCAUUGCUGUCACUUAUAGACAGCAUGUCCAGGUGCCAUCCCUUCUUUGUGCGGUGCAUUAAGCCCAAUGUCUACAAACAGGCCAUGCAGUUUGAGGACCCAGUGGUUAUGGAUCAACUACGAUACACUGGCAUGCUGGAGACUAUUCGUAUCCGCAAAAUGGGAUACCCAGUUCGUCUAAAAUUCCCAGUCUUCAUUCAGAGGUAUCGAUGCCUUCUGAAAGGAACUACCAUUCGACACAGUCAGUUGCCAUCCGAAGCGUGUGCAAUGAUUCUGAGCACUUUGGGACCAAGUCACAAGGAUGAAUACCAGAUUGGUGCUACCAAGGUGUUCAUGAAGGAAACAUUUGAGGCAGUCAUCAAUAAAGAGGCUGAGAAAAUUCAGAGAGUGGCUGCUGUCUGCAUCCAGACCCAUACAAGGGCUUACUUGGUUCGCCGUAAGUUCCUCAAGGCCAGAGCAGCUUCUAACUCAAUCCAGCGCAUGAUCCGCAUGUGGAGAGCCAGACGACAUUUCUUGGCAACACGCAAUGGAAUCAUCAAAGCUCAAGCUCAGUUUCGGAUGUUUCGUCAGCGGCGACAGUAUUUGCAGAGGCGUGAAGAGAUACGCCGUAAACUUGAGGAACAGAAAAUAGCUCGGCGACGGCAAGAAGCUCAUCAAAAAUUAGAAAGAGAACAAAGGGAACGGGCGGCUCGCAACAUGGCCAGCGUUGCAAAUCUGGAGGUGCCAGGAGAACUGGCUUAUGUGUAUAGCAAGCUGGAUGAAUGGAGGCUGCCACAUGAUGGAGUUAACAUCAUGGCUGCAGCAGGUGAUGUGCAGGCAAUGGAUAUGGGGUAUCGUCUGCCAGUGGACAUCAAUUCUCAUUCUUUCAGCAAAUUUACCAGUGUCUACUUUAGAGAACCACGCUGGGGUGUGAAAAUGGAGCCCUUAAAGUCAUCAUUGACAAACCUGCAGUCUGAUGAUUUAGUGUACAAAUCACUGUCUCUCUUUAAACUGAUUUUGCGCUACAUGAGUGAAGAAAACAUGACAGAAAAAAGAGAGAAGAUAUUGUCUGACUACAUUGUCCAGAUGGGUCUUCAGAAUGAAGGUCUCCGUGACGAGCUGCUUUGCCAGGUGGCCAACCAAGCAUGGCAGAACCAAAAUGCAGAGCAGAUUGAGCGCAUCUGGCGGCUUAUGGCCUCGUGCUUGUCCUGCUUAAUGCCCAGCUCCUCUCUCUUCAAAUACUUGUUAAAGUUUGUAUCAGAUGUUGCUGUCAAUGGAUACAAGAUUGUGUGUCAACAUAAAGUUCUACAGUCAGCUAACCUAGCUCCACAGCUGAGCAGAGUAUACCCGCCUUGUUUUCUGGAAUGGCGUGCCAUUCAACGCAAAGCAAGCAUGGCCCUGGAGGCCAAGUUUCCAGAUGACAUCAGCGUCAUUGGUCACGUGGAAUCAUGGACUUCUGGUGAGCUGUUCACAUCCCACCUUCUGAAACAAAGAGGUCUGACAGAGAAUACACAAGGCUGGACAGUCAUUCUGCAGGAGGAUUUUGAACGUUAUGAGCUGAUGGGUUACGACUAUGUUUUGGACCUAAUCAGUGAAAUUGAGAUAGCUCCAGGCUUUCCAACUUGCAAGGCAUAUUUUCUUGUGUCAACUGACAAAAACCAAGAUCGGCUUCACCGUAAACACCAUCAUGAGGGCCCUCACGGUGACUUGGAGCGUUUCCUGUUGCUGGUGCCUCCUAUGCCAGAGAUGCUGAAACGCACUUUGCCUCCAGUGCCUCUAGGUGCUAGUGGUGGUCACAAGACUCCCACUGCAGAGGAACUAGGUUUCUCCACUACCAGCAUUCUCAACCAGCGUCCAACAGAGAUCUUCAUCUCAGAAUUGUCAGACAGCCGCAUGAAUGCUCGUUACACGAAGCGUCGGGCUCCUGCACCGCCUACAAACGGCCACAUUUCUAAUGGAUAUGCACAUGGAGCAAUGAAUGGCAGUGCCUUAAAUGGGGAUAUGUCCACAAUAGAUGAAAAUGACGAGGACAUGGGCUUGUCCCAUACUCAGAUUAAUGCCCGCUACUUUCCAGAUGUUGCAUCCAAUGGAGUGAAUGGAGAACUUUCAACGAGCAAACUGAACCAGCGCUACACAAAGAAUUUUUCUGGUCAAGGAGUCAGAAACAAGACUGGAGUAAAGGACCAAAUAAGGAAGAAAUACAGUGGUGUAUCAGGUGUUAGUGCAGCAGAUGUGCACUCAGUGACCUCUGAACAUUCAGACUGGUCUCACUGGGUUGAGGAUGUGUUUGACACCGUCCUCAAUGAACAUAUUGAUGAUGCUGCUUCAGAUGGCAAGUCCUUGCACACACGCAUCAAGGGAGGUGGCAAGGGUGUGACACAGAAGAGUUACAAGCAGAAAUCUGCUGUUCAAUAUCCUGGAAAUGAGUCAAGUUUGGAGCUGAACCAGAUCGGAAACAUACAUAGUGGCACAUCAAGUUUAAGAGCAAGAAAUGCAAACUUGGUGAGCUCCAAACUUUCAGACUGGCAUCAGUGGGUAGAUGACACGUUUGAAUCCGUACUCAGAAAUGAACACAUGGCUGACACUGCUUCCAAUGGGCAGUCUUUGCACACACGGAUCAAGGGUGGAGGCAAGGGUGUGCCUGGGCUACAGACACAGCAGACCAUUAUUCCUCCUCCACUUAAUAUGGGGCUUGGCCUGACUACUCCUGCUUCUGUGGUUGCUCCACCCAUGAUUUCACCAGCGUUCACCUUCAAUUCGCAGCUUACUCCAGGACUGCAGCCACAGCAAGAUGCCUUGCAACAACUUCUCAACCAGCAAGCAAUGCAGCAGCAGCAGGCAGCAUUACAGGCUGUUCUUUUGGAUCAGCAGAGACAGCAGCAGGCAGCUAUCUUACAGGCAGCCCUCCAGCAGCAACAGCAGCAGCAGAAUUAUGCAGCUCAGGCUGCAGCAGCACAGCAGCUUGCAGCCCAGCAAGCUGCUGCCCAACAGUUAGUUUUUCAACAAGCUGCUGCUCAGCAAGUUGCUGCACAGCAAGCAGUACACCAAGUUGCUGCACAACAAGCAGCAGUACACCAAGUUGCUGCACAGCAAGCUGCAGUACAGCAAGUAGCCUCUCUUCAGACUGCCCUGCAGCAAACUGAGUUGGAAAACAGACUCCUAAAACAGUCCAUUGAACGCGAGAACCUGAAGAAACAGUUGCAGCAGAUGCAGGGCCAGACUUCUCCUCCCUCAGCAGGUUUUCAAACUACAACAUUUGCAUCUGCACAGGCUGCAGCACUCAGCCCAGACAACAGCUUUUCAUCCACCAUCAUGAUGCCUCCUGGUGCCCAGAUCACUCCAGGAGAGAGAUUUCAUGUGCCUUAUGGUUCGUCUGAGAUGGUUACUGCCACCAGCUCUUCCAAAGAGGGGCCUCCAGUGGCCCCCAAACGUGUGCAUCUUAUUAAAUCUAGUUUUGAGAACCAGCCCAGUGCAUCCUACGGCUUCCAGCAGUCUGGCAAAACAGUGGGGGUUGCUAAGACAACAAAGACUGUAACCUUUAACACUACGACAACUGUUCAGCAAAGCCAUCCAGAAUCAACAGCAGCCACCAGUUUGUUUGGCAAACGGUCGUCGUCACCUCCCCCUUCCAUCUCCCCACCUUCCCCACCAUCACCUCCACCACUAGCAGCUCAUCCACCCAUACCACCCUCACCACCCUCACCACCCCCACCACCUCAAGUGAUGGACUCAUCAGUGCACAUUUCAGAAAGCAUUUAUGUAGAUGCUCGUACUGCAGCUCCUCCUCUCCACAGCCAGCCUGUGGCACCACCUCCCUCUCCUCCUCCUCUACCUCCAAUGUCAACUAUACCCCUUGGUCUGGAGAUUGACAAAGAAAAAGGAACCUUCACUGUGCGAGACAAAAGUGGUCGUGCUCGCACUGUGCGCAUUGGCAAGGUGGUAUGGCCACCACCCUCAGAGGAAAUUCACAAGCAAGAAGUGCAAGUGGGCAAAUUGGAAAUUGAUGAGAAGGUUGCAAGGGGCAUUGAGAACCGUAUUAUUGGGAAGAGGAAGUGGCAGAAACCUGUUGUUCCAGAUGAUGAGCCCAAAUCAAUUUUGAAGCGAUCUAAUGUAGAGUCAACAAGGCGUGCAAAGUCCUUAAUAGAAACAGGCCAUUCUGAGACCCUGAAACUUCUAGAACGUAAGCUUGGAGGGAGUGCCAAGACACAGAUGGAUGAUGCAUCAGUCAGCACAAAACUGCCUGGACAAAGUGUUGGCUUACAGACAACAAAUACUUUGAAGAAAAUGCAGCAUUCUGCCUCAGUUCAAGCAAAUGAAGCAAUUUAUGCAUCAUUCAUUGAAAAAGAUGAACCUCCACCUCCUCCAAAAGCACCUCCGCCUCAGUUGAAAAUUCGCAAGAAAGAGACAGUAGAAGUGGAAGAGAAGUUUGAAACUGUCAUACAAUCAGAUCAACAUGAAUCCUUUGAGCCCAGAAUUGAACCAGAUGUUGAACAAAAGCCACUGAUAGAUUAUGCAAGCUUUGAGCGUGCUAUCACCGAGCUGUACCCACAGAACAAAAAGUACUUCCUUAUGUACAGUAAAGUACCUUGGUCACUACUUAUCAGGGGAGGUGUUCUGGCCUCAGAAAGAUUGGACAACUCUACAAUAUUGCACCUGGUGUACUGUCAGGUUGUGCAGGAUGUUUUCAACAAUGCCUGUGUACGCAUUAGUAAGGAACAACGCAUCAAGAUGCGCAGCAUGCUCGAUGGCCAUGGUGUGGAGAAGAGCAAUUACCUGACUAAGGAACUGAGCUUGCAGGUUAAGAAGGUCAUUGUUGACACUGCCAAGGAGUGGCCUACAUACUUCUGUCGUCUCUUCCCAAUCGCUUGCAUUGGUCACUAUGCAGAUGUCAAAUACUUGGGCAUCAGUCAUACGGGUUUGAGAUUUGUCACAAGGGAACGUAGUGUUGUGGAAGACCAUCUGACAGUUUUAGAAGAGUUUCGGUUUGAAGAUGUAGUUGACACUGUCAUGCCCACUAGUACAUCUGUGCAGCUAAACCUGAGAACAAAGUCACUUAUUUUCCAGACAAUUCGGCCAAAACAACUGAAAGACAUGGUGGACAGAUUUUGUCAGGAGAGUGAAAAGGGCAAUAAAUUUGUUGUGGCAGUGAAAGAUUAUAUCACCAGGGAGUCCACACUUCUCAGCUUCAAAAAUGGAGACAUCAUAAAACUUAUGGACCCUGAGAUGAACCUUGAGAGAGGGUGGCUAUAUGGCUCACUGAAUGGCAUAGUUGGGCUCUUCCCUGAAGAGUAUGUGCGACCACUGGCCAGGCAUGAGGUGGAGAAUUCUUCCAUGAAGCCCAAACUAUACCAACUUCCUUCACAACCUGGCAGACCACUCAGCAGGGAGGGCCCACCACCAGAUAACUACAGUGAGACAAGUCAAGGAACAGUAGUUCAUGAUGGCAAGUAUUCGAUGAUGGAAUUCGCCAUACUUCACUUCCGAGAGUCCUUGGACAAGUAUGAAAUGUUGCGAACGGAAGAUGGCUCAAUAAGGGGAACUGUGAAAAAGAUUGAGAACUACAAACUUCAUGUUUUGCAAAAAGAUGACUAUUCAAAACGUGAAGGAAAUCAAGAGUGGUCAUGGAAAGAGCAGGCAGACAUGAUCAAGUGGACUCGGUCACCAAUCCAGGCAUCCCUUUUGAAACUAUCUUCAUCAGAGCUCAACAAACUUGCCCUUGAAUGCUUUAUCUCUAUCAUGAGAUUUAUGGGUGACUACCCCAUGGGCAGCAAUCAGACAGAUUUUGACUGUGUCAUGAAGAUUUUGAGGACUUGCCACAAGUAUCCAGAUUUGAGAGAUGAGGUGUAUUGUCAGCUAUGCAAGCAGACAACAAAUAACCGAAGCAUGAAGGGAAAAAGUAAGAUUCGUGGCUGGAGGCUGUUUGGACUAGUGGCAGCGUAUUGUGACUGUUCAGAAAUGUUAAGGCCAUACCUCUUCAAGUAUUUAGAGACCACUGCAUCAGAUGUCAACCGAACAUAUAACUAUGCUGCUGCACUUUGUCUUCAGAAUUUGAGGAAGACAUUCAAGUAUGGAGGGCGCAAAAAUGUUCCACUGAGAGAAGAAGUUCAGGCUCUAGCUGAUGGAAGAAACAGCAAGCGUCUCCCAUUUUACUAUUCAGGCACGGACACACAGGGUGGGCUUCUUCAAGUCAAACCUUGCACAGUGGUCAGUGAUGCUAUCAUGGAUGUCUGUUCAGAGCUAAAUAUUAUUGACCCUGUUGAGAUGGAAGAAUAUACACUGUUUGUCAAGGACAGAUUACCAUCGAAGGAGGGCUUAUUCACUAAGCUGAACAGAGAGGAGUACCUGCUGGACAUUACAGCUGAGUUUAUAAGGAAGAAGACUUCAUAUGACUUGAUCUUCCAGCGAACUGUCUGGAUUUUCCCACUUAGCCAUAUGGAUAAUGAGGUCUAUGUAGACGUGAUGUUUCAUCAGUGCAAAUUUGACUACAUAGAUGGCUUAAACAUUGUGUGGCCUCGGGGAGAACUUGAACCAGCAACAGUGGAUGACAUGGGUACAAUUGGUGCACUGUUGCACAGAGCCAAUGAUUUCGUGGGACUUCCUACCCUGAAGCAGCUUGAAGUUUUGGUGCCCAAAACAGUUCAGAACGGUCCACUUAUGCGACCCCAACAAUGGUUAAACCGCAUCCAGGACAAGCUCCGAGAUAUUACUGGGCACUCAUCUCUGCAGGCCAAAGCUCUCUUCCUGGAAAUUUUAUCCAGGUGGCCUUUGUUUGGUGCCACUUUCUUCCUGAUAAAAAGCAUUCCUAAUACAACGGGAGAGUGUAAGCUUGUGGUUAACAAGAGAGGCAUUGCUUUUCUGCACAAAGACACCCAUGAAACUUUCCUGGCCCAUCCCUUCAGUGAAAUCUUGUCAACACGGCGCUACCGAAGUGACAGUGGACACAACUACCUGGAUAUGAAAAUUGGUGACUUGAUGGUGCAAAAAGUUCUGAGGAUUGAGACUGACCAGGGCUCGGACAUAUCUAGCUUGAUUGCUCAGUACAUGCAAGUACUCAAUCGAGGAAAUAAAAGAUACAGUCAGCGAUUGUGAGACUAGAUUUUGAUUGUGACUGGAUUUCAUAUGUAAAGUUGAACUGUGUUGCAAUUAUCCAGCAAACUUUAUCAGCAAGAAUGGAACUACUUUUAGCUAAUGGGAGUGGGGAUUUUUGUGCAUAGCUGCAGGCUUCUGACCUACCCACUCAAAUUUUACAAUUUUGUAACUCUGGAGGUUUCUGCAGAUUGUGUACAAAGUACACACAUACAAUGAGAAAUGUCGAUGCAUGCACAUGCAUGCAGAGUCUGUGAUAAGGAGACAUCUGUGUGAUUUUUCCCCAAGUUCUUAAGGAUGGUGAAGAUGGAAACACUGGACUCUAAAUGUCACCUGAUAUUCUACCUGUGUCAUAAAACUUAACAAUUUAUCAUGUUAGAGAGAUAUAUGAUACAUAUGAAAGCAAAUUACAGACAUAUUGUAAUGACAAUUUGAAGGCCAUGGCUUUGCAAAAUGGGGCCUUAACAGCUGUUCUUUCUAUGCAAAGUGGAUUGAGCUUUGUAUGUUUACUAAUGGUCACUGUAGAAAGAAACAUUUGUAGCAGUGUUACUUAGUCCUUUAAUGUAAAAGGUACUGCUAUUGCAUCUUACUAAAAUAACUUGCUGCAGUCUAAUAGCAGGAGGCAAUAGAUAUCUUCGAAGUAAUUUGCAAAAGCCUAAAAUUUGUAUGCCUACUGUUUGGGUCAAGGAAUAUGGAAAAGGAAAAGUGCUUAAGGAUAUUCAUGUCCUGAAAUGAAGAAAUAAUCUAUAUCUAAUCACUGUGUAAAUAACAAUAGUAUCACAACUUUUAACAUUAUUGAAAAAUUAACUAAAAUUGUUUGUAAUAUGUCGAAAUGUUUACACACUCCAGCAACAUUUUGCUUUAAGAGUCUUACUGUUGGAGCAUGUCCUCGUAGAUUAAUGGAAUGUUAAAACAUUGGUAUUUGACAAAGGACAUUCAAAUCUGAAACAUUAAUUUUUUUCCUAUAUUGGGAUUUUUUGUUUCCUGGUAGGCCAUUCAUGCUCAAGCAAUACUUGACCUACUGAAUGUGUUAGGCUUAACAAACAACCAGAUGUCAUCUACAAUCUUUGAAGUACAGUUGGCAUUUUGUGGUUUUAGAAGCAUCGAUAACUGGAGUUGUGUUAAAAAAAGUGGACAAAAUAAUAGAUUGGUGCUCCAGUUCAAUUAAUUUGGCACCUAUUAUAUAAGUAAAUUAAAGUGCAUUUUGCUUUGAAUUUCAUUUGCAUAGUUUUGUCUACAGAUGGACAGACAUCAUCCAUGACAUAUUGUAUCAUUAGUGAAUCAUUGCUUGUUCACAACUGCUUGGAUCUGUAUAAAACUUUGUUGCCUUUGUCUUCUGUACAUUCCAAGCUUUUGCACUUUUGAUCUUAGUAAAAGAUCUUUUUUUUUUUUGAGGAUUUCAAAAUGACAUCAUUCCAGUAGUGUUUAUUUUGCUCUUUACUAAGCCCAUUUCCUUACUAUUGCAGCAUUCCUAAUCCUCUGCUGUCAUUACAUGGAAGGGUACAAAAUUUUUCUUAUAACAUUCCAUGUGCAAACUUUUUCAUAACAAUAUAAAAUUGCAUUUUUUUAUAUAUAUAUAGUAUUGGCAGUAUAACAUUCAGUGGUAUGUUCUGUUAUUUCAAAUUACAAACCCCAUACAGCAGAAAGAAAAUAAACAUGUAUUAGAGUUUUGUUGAUACUUAUUUCACAGUUUUAACCAACAGUUAAAAAAAAGGUUUCUAUAAUGUUCUGUUGAUCUUGUACUUUAUAUGAAGUACACUUCAUGUACAAUAUAUAUAUACACUAAUUAUGCAUUUGAGCUGUUGCUUGUGUUUGGGAACGUGUUGUCUCCCAAAUUAAAUUCAUAAAUCAACAUUCAAAUUAGCUUGGCAAAAUGCAAUUUUUAUUCUUGAUUAGAAAUGCAGUCUCUACUUUUCAAGACUGCUGUCUGCACUGUGGCUUUAUGAAGACAUAUCUGUUAUUUUGUUGAGCUUUUUGUUUUUGCCAUUAUUCCAGUUUUACACAUCAGGUACCAAAAUCUGGUUACAUUUGUGACCCACCUGUGCAGAAAAUCAGUGCAAUGAUAGCACAAAACUCAAGUGUUUCAACUUAUUGGAUUCCUGUGCCUGGUAGAAAGGGGAUUCAUCAGAUGUAGUGUAAGUGUUACCUCCAAGCUCCUCUUCUUUGCACAAAUUAAAACUGUAGAACUCAUUUCUUGCAAUGAAGAGGACAGGACAUACCAGAGGAUGGAAACCAUGAAAAAUAAUUCAUGCACUUGUUCCUUUUUCAUCCAACACAGGCAUCUGUGCCUACAAACAAGUGUUGGUGGGGCACGAGGUGCACAACAUUAUCUUGCAAUUAAGCCAUUUUCAGAUCCUUGCAAAGUACAGAAAAGCCCGACGUAUUCAUGUUUGAUGUUCUAUGCAAUAUGAUUAUAACUGCUUUUAAAAGCAUUUAUUUUUGGUGAUUGAAUUUUUUGAAAUUUUGAAUUGAAUGUUUUGGCCUCAUAAUCAAAAGCUUUGAAUAAUGCCUGUCUUGUGCAGUCGACAGUAAAAUUCCAUAUCUACGUUUAACUCCAUGAAGCUCCCAUCACUUGCAAAAGCAUAUUGUAAAAGUCUAACCAGAAACCCAUGCUAAAGGAUAAUUUGAAGACAAUUAAAUUUAAAUUUACUUGUGCAAGGGGUCUCCACAAAGGUCAUAGAAAAUGUACUCCAAGCUUUAUGUGCAGUAUAAUAUUUGAUGCUUUACAGGUUUUUGAAGCACUCUUGGUUGGUAGGGAGCCCCUAAUCCUUCAACUGCUGCUUGUAAUAGACACAAUGCGCUAACCUUGAGGGUGGAUGUCUCCCAUUGAAAUUCAAGUUAUUUGUCCUUUGCAGUGUACAUGCUACUGGCAGGAGUAUUUUUAACUUUGUGGUAUUUUCUUCAGAUCAUGCCAGUACAAGUUGUAUGAAAGUAAAAAAUAUAUAAUUUAUUAUUAAGCUGUCAGAUCAGUUUCAAAGCACUCAUAAUUUAAAAUGUUAUGUUUUCUAGGAACAUUUUGAAGACCCUUUGGUGUAUCUGAUUAACAUACAUGGAUAUAAUAUAUAUAUUGGUGCAUCUUUGUAUGCGUAUCAGUCUUUUCGUAUUCUUAGGGUUGUGUUAAUCAGAGGCUGGGGACUUCAAAGUAGUGAUAGUCUCUUAUCAUCUCAUGUGCAAUUAUGUAUGUUAAUAUUGACACUGCAGGUGCCACAGAAUAUUUCAUUUAUCAUUAUUCAUACUCACCUGGAUAUGUUGCUAUAUUUUUGUACCAAGACCAAUAAAUUUUUUUAAAAAUA